GGUCGCGUGACUCGCGUCUCACUGUCUCGUCUUUCUUUAGUUUCUUGCUGGAUUCAACUAACUCUCAUCAAACCUUUUUGGUUGUUCGUUUUCUUUUCUUCCUUUAACCAAAGGGACCAAACCAGUCGGUUGGAUCUAUCUUGUUCCUCCUUGCCAUUUUCAUAUUUGUUUUAUUUAUCGUAAUCGCAAAUUCGAAAUCGUACUUAAGAUUUUGUUGACUCCGAUGUGUUUGCAGAUGAGCUGCUGAACGUUAAAUUUUGGAGGAAGAGAUUAGUAGUAAGUAGUAACUGUUCUCUUCGUUGGUUGUUCAAGAUUUAAUUUUGUGUUUUGGGGUUUCUUCACCUCCCUCCUAAGUCUAAGUAGUACUUUACCACUCGUAAACUUUUACCUGUUUUUUUGUUUUCUUGGGUUUGUAUUUGGUAACUUUGUUUCUUCAUAGAGUCGACAAUUUGUUUUUGGGCCUUUUUUUUUUUUUGGGUUUCUUGGGAGGCGGGGUGGAGGAGUGGGGAGAGGGGAUUGCAAAGGAUUUGCUCACUGCCGAUUGUAAAAUUAUAAUCCUAUUCCUAGUGACAGAGAGGAAACAACUUGAAUGGUUUAAUAAUCCUUCAUUACUGUAUUCGAUACCCCCGCGGAGAAGUGAAAAUUAGCUGCUACAGUUGAGGGAUAAAUGAAAGAAAAUGUUGUUCCAAACCCAGAGGCAGGAUCACAAGAAACUAGUGUGGCCCUAGGAGCUGACGCUGCCGGUAAUUCAUGUCAUGUUGAAAAGCAGAGCUUGGAUGAAAAAAGAAACCAUGCCUCAUCGGAGCAUUUAGCCGUCCCAGAAGAAACCCCGCUUACCAUUUUGGUUUCUCAUCAUCCUGAGUCGUUGCAUCAGCACGGUGAUCGGAUUGCAAAUCCAGCCCCUGAGACUGAGCUCAACCAGAACGCCUAUCUGGGUAAGGACUCUCCUAAGAAGCCUGACUUAUCCAGGGAUCCUAGUUCUCAUGAACAAUGCAGAGUAUGUCAGCAGGAGAAGGACGACACUUUGAUAGACUUAGGAUGCCACUGUCGAGGUGGACUUGCAAAAGCACAUGAAUCCUGCAUAAACACCUGGUUUAGCAGUAGAGGAUCAAACAGAUGCGAGAUUUGCCAGCAAGUAGCUGGAAAUGUUGCAGUUCCAGAAUCCCAGGCAAGUGCAAGUUAUUGGGUAUGGAGAGUAGGCCCUGCUCAUAGAGGAAGAAGUAUUGGACAAGGACGUGAAAGGGGUUGUUUUGGUCCUCUUUGGGUGGCUUUCUCAAUUCUGAUUGGCGGUCUUCUGUUGGAUGUACUUAUAUCAAUCACCCUCGGUGUCUCAGCACUCCCUGUAAAUAUUAUUAUUGGAGUAAUCGUUGUUUUGGGGCUAGGAACUGCUCUUCGGCUUGCAUUCGAGUUCUGCAACGAAUGGAGUUUAAGAAGAGUAGUGCACAGGGUGGAAGCAAAUGCCAGUAUGGGGUAUCAUCCUGCAUUGUAGACUAACUUGUACAUAAAUAGAUGCCAGCGGCAAAUGUUUGCUGUCAGCAGAAGAUAUUCAAGAAUUGGCACUCUGUUGGAUCUCUCUUCCUGCUCUACAUGGCCCGUUGAACCCUUUGGGAGAGAGAUGGAGAGCAUGUGGAUUAGGUUCUAAGUUGCUCCUCUUCUUCUUCUUCUUCCUUCCUCUUUAUUUUUUUUUUUUUUUACCCUUUGCUUCAUUUGAUGGUACACUACAUGUUGUCCUUGGACGGGUGAAUUGAGCUGGAUUUUGGGUAAUGUUCAAGUUUUGCUUUAAACUUGGGAUGUGCAUUUCCCUUUCCUGUGUAUGGGCUUUAAGUCGCAAAUGGAAUUCGAUUACCUGCGUCA